AUGGAAAGCAACACCACGGCCACGGAAAGCAACACCACAGCCGCACUACGAAUCCCUGUGGAAAGCAACACCACAGCUACGGAAAGGAACACCACGGCCACCCCCAUGACAAGCAACACAACGGCCACGCUACCGAUCCCCACGGAAAGGAACGCCACGGCCACGUUACCGAUCCCCACGGAAAGGAACGCCACGGCCACCCCCGUGGAAAGCAACGCCAGGGGCAUGCUACUGGUCCUCAUGGAAAGCAACACCACGGCCACGCUCCCAACCGUUCCCACCAAGGACUCUGCUACCCCAGCACCCAAUGCCACCCACAUGGUCCCUGUGGAUACUACCAUGGCGUGUGCCGGGAACUGCACCAACCCCGCCACCGAGACCGCAGCGGUGAUGCUCCCGUCCCAUCGCAACACCACGGUCCCCACCACGACAUCGGGUCCUGGCUCCACCACCGUCACCACCCGCUCCUCUUCAACCAGCAGAGCCAACACCUCCUCGGCCACCCUCUGCCUCUAUCUCCCCCAUGGGUCCAACCCUCCGGCUAUCAUCUGCCGCAACGGUGGCGUCGCCAACUUGACCGAAUGCCUCUGCCCACCCGGCUACUCCGGCCCCACUUGCGAGACGGUGAACACCACCAACCAAUGUGCCGGCGGCAGCACGGCGGGGGGGACACGUUGCAUCUGCCCACCGGGGCGGUCGGGGAGUCGUUGUGACACCCCGGACGAAGCCACGGCUUGCCGGAACGGAGGCACGGCCGUGGGCACUGAGUGCUACUGCCCCGACCCGUGCCAGAACGGGGGUCACUGGACGGGGGUGAGUUGCGUCUGCCCCCCCAAUUUGACCGGAGCCUUCUGCCAGUUUGGGGCAUCGACCAUCAACAUCACGGCAGAGCUGGGCCCCUCCGUGAUGAUGCUGGCGCACGUCACCAACCGGAACUUCUCCGAGGACAUGGAGGACACCUCAUCCACCGCCUAUCGCAGCUUCGUGGAUGAGUUCAGCCGGACGAUGGAUCGGAUCUACCACAACGUCUCUGGCUACCGUGGCACCCACGUCCUGACCCUGACAAGAGGCAGCGUGGUGGUGAACUACAAAGUCCUGCUGCAGCCAUCAGCUGGAGACACCGACCUUGACCACCGAGCCAAGGAGCUGCUGGAGGUUGCCAACGCCGCAGCUCAGCCCCAAAACUGCAGCGACACGGCGGCUGCCCGCGCCGAGGAGUCGGUGCUCAACGCCAUGGAGCUCUGCAGAAAGUACGCGCCGGCCAACUUCAGCCGCCAUUACUCUCCCUACCGCCUGCAGAACAGCCUCCUCUGCAUCACCAACUGCACCCUCAACGUCCCCGGCUCCAUCAACUGCAACAGCGGGCUCUGCCGGCUGACGCCGGAGGGACCCCACUGCUUCUGCCCAGAUGUGCCCUGGUACCUGACAACCGGCAGCCGCUGCCAGAUCCACAUCAGCAAACUGGGGCUGGGGCUGGGGUUGGGCCUGACCCUCCUCAUCCUCCUCAUCCUUUGCGUCAUCCUCACCAUCUGCUUGGCCCAAGGGAAGAAGAAAUCUGCCGGUACCAGCCCCCCCCACAAGACGCCCGAGCUCACCGGUUCCCAGCUCUACAGCAUGACCGGUGAGGACAGCAGCUGGCCGGACGGCAGACGCAACGGCCGUGCCACUGGCAUCUACCACGUGAACGGCAGAGGCUCCACGCCCCGGCAAGGCCGCUAUGGACACAGCUCCUACAAGCCCAACGCAGAGGUGGCAGCACCCACCACGCCGGUGAUGCUCGGCGCCUACCCACAACCUCAUCCGAUGCCACCGCUGGUUUAUCCAAGCCCAUCCUCCCCUCCCGCAGCCGCUGCGCCGCGGCCGGUGUCCGCCGACGCCAAUUCCCCCCCUGCCCGCAUCCCCCCCAGCGCCGAGCACGGCGGCUGGCGUGCUGCGGAGCUUUUAAACCUCGUUAAGAGCGGAGGAGAUGGCACCAGCACCUCUGCACCCACCACAUCAGCCUCCAACACCGCUGCACCCAUCGUGACGGCCACCACCACCAUCUUCGCAUCCACCACGAUGGCCUCCAGCACCUCUUUGCCCCAAAACACCACCACCACCUCUCUUACCACAACCGAGAGCAGCACCCCUGCACCCUCCAUGGCCACCAGCACCUCGGAACCCUCCACAGACACCACCACGUCUGCUCCCACCAUGGCCACCACCACAGCUACCACAACCUCUGCAACCACCACAGCCUUCAGCACCUCUGCACCCAACAUGGCCACCAGCACCUCGGAACCCUCCACAGACACCAACACCUCUGCACCCACCACCACCGCUACCCCCAGCCCCCCCGCACCCAUCGUGACGGCCACCACCACCUUCACAUCCACCACGAUGGCCUCCAGCACCUCUUUGCCCACAAACACCACCACCACCUCUCUUACCACGACCAACACCAGCCCCCCUGCACCCUCCACGGCCACCAGCACCCCGGCAUCCACCACCACCAGUGGCACCUCUGCAACCUCCACAGCCACCAGCACUUUGGAACCCACCCCAGGCACCAGCACCUCUGCACCCACCACUGCCACCACCACUUCUGCUCCUGCCACAGCCUUCAGCGCCACCUCCGUGCCCCCCGCCGCGGCCAACGCCACCUCCGCGCCCACAACCGCCAUCACCGCCUCUGCAAACUCCACGGCCACCACCACCUCUGCACGCACCAUGGCCACCAGCAGGCCUACUCCCAACUCCACCAGCAGCACCUCUGCAAUCUCCACUGCCACCAGCACCUCUACACCCACCACAACAGCCACCAGCACCUCUGCGUCUACCACGACGGCAUCGAAUUCCUCUGCACUCACCACGACAGCCUCCAGGACUUCUGCACCCACCACCAACUCAUCUUCCAUCACCUUCUCCACCACCACUGCGACCACCUCCACCGAUAUGACCGCUUCGACCGUCCACAGCUCUUCACCCAUCACAUCCACCACGAUUUCACAUCCCAACAACACGACUUCACCUCCCACCACCACGACCAGUUCUACUGCCAACAACUCUCCAUCCAUCAAGCCCGCCACGAGUUCACCUCCCACCACUACUUUCCAUCCCGCGGCCACUCCAGGGAUCUGCCAUAACGGAGGUACCUGGGUGGGCGGCCACUGCAAGUGCCCCGCGGGUUUCACGGGUGACACGUGUGAUGAGAUCAGUAACACCAUCGAAACAAACGCUGUGACAAAUGGGACAGUGCAGGUGAAGCUGCGGGUCACCAACUGGGAGUUCACCAGUGACCUCGGAAACACCAGCACUUCUGCCUACUGGGAGUUUGUCAAGAACUUCACGACGCAGAUGAACGUGGUCUACAGCAACAUUCAAGGCUACAAGGGCAUCCAGGUCCUGCAACUGAUGCCCGGCAGCGUGGUGGUGGAUCACAUCGUCAUCAUCUCCCUGCUGGUGACCGCCCAAACCCAGGAGAAGCUCGACGACAUCGUGGUGGACCUGCGGAAACAGAUUGACGUGGCAGUGGCACAGAACUGCAGAAAUGAUACUUACGAGCUGUGCUUCGACUCCUCUCGCGUGAUGGUCGGCAACGCUUCGUUCAACUUCAGCGAAGAGGGCUUCUGCCAGCAGGAAGUGCCUGAGGGCUACCAGGACUAUUAUUUUCCCAACCUGACAAGCUCUGGUUUCUACUGCGUAUCCAACUGCACCCCGGGCACCGCCGGCACCAUCGACUGCAACAAGGGGCGGUGCCAGCUCACCCCGAGUGGUCCGCAGUGCUUCUGCCACGAGACCGAUAUCUACUGGUACCAAGGGGAUCGCUGCAAGGCCCGGGUCAGCAAGCUGGCGGUGGGGUUGGGCUUGGCCGUGGCCAUUCUGGCCGCGACGGUUGCCGUCCUCACCGUCUUCCUCUUCCGAGCUCAGAGGACCGGAUCGUUUUACAGCACCCAGAAGGCGAUGAAGGAGAGGUGGUACGAGGACGCGGUCGAGACGUGGAGCCUCCCAGGAAGCUUCACCUUACGGAACGAAGACGCCCAGCGUGAAGACAACCUUGACUCUGCGGACACAUCGGCACCGGUCAAGCGCCCGAGGCUGGAGAAGUUCUUCACGCGGCUCUGA